AGUCCAGAAAAACAAAAAAAAGGGACAUGACGCAACUUUAGCAACUUGUCAUGUCGACCAACACAGUAUUUUUCCCAGGCAUUUCCAAGAUUCCUUAUGUUGCUGAUGCCAGUGUGAGAGAUGUGCUGUGUUUCAAAUAUUAUAAUGCAUCCGAGAUUUUGCUGGGCAAGACGAUGGAGGAUUGGCUCCGAUUCUCUGUGUGUUACUGGCACUCGUUCUGUGGAACUGGUGCUGACCCAUUUGGAUCUCCAACCCUGCGCAGGCCUUGGAAUGAAGGAGACGGCGACAUGGAGAUAGCGAAGAAAAGACUCAGCGCUGCAUUUGAGUUCUUCACCAAGCUUGGUGUGAAGUACUACACCUUUCAUGACAGGGACAUGGCCCCUGAGGGACGCACUCUGAAGGAGUCCAAUAGGAACCUGGAUGAGAUAACAGACCUGGCACUGGAGCUGCAGAAGCAGACUGGUGUGAAAGUGCUGUGGGUCACCUGCAACCUGUUUGCUCAUUCCAGAUAUAUGAAUGGAGCUGCGAGCAACCCGGACUGCCAUGUUUUUGCCUUUGCUGGAGCUCAGGUGAAGAAAGGUCUAGAGAUCGCCAAGAAACUGCAGGCUGAGAACUUUGUGUUCUGGGGAGGUCGUGAAGGCUUCCUCUCCGCACUCAACACAGACGUGGCGGCUGAACUCAGGCACAUGGCCAGCUUUUUCAAAAUGGCCGUGGCUUACAAAGAGAAGAUCGGCUUAAAAUGCCAGUUUCUUAUUGAGCCCAAGCCGAAAGAACCAUGCAAGCACCAGUACGAUUAUGAUGCAAUGAGCGUUAUUGGCUUUCUUAAGCACUUUGGACUGGACAAAGAUUUUAAACUGAAUAUCGAGCCCAAUCACACGACCCUGGCUGGACAUUCUUACGAACACGACAUCAUCAUGGCCUCUGUGUUUGGCAUGCUUGGGUCUGUGGACGCCAACACAGGCUCUCCUGACUUGGGCUGGGACACGGAUCAGUUCCCCAUGGACAUCAGAAAUACGACCUUGGUGAUGAAGGCUGUUAUUGAGCAGGGCGGCCUGCAGCCUGGAGGUUUAAAUUUUGAUGCCAAGGUCCGGAGGGAAUCGACUGAGCUGGAGGAUUUGUUCAUCGCUCACAUUGGCGCCAUGGAUGCUUUCGCUCGAGGCCUCAGAAACGCAGCCAAGAUUUUUGAGGAAGGAGUUAUGCAAAAUAUGCUGCGGGAACGCUACAUGAGCUUCAGCCUUGGAAUUGGACAGAAGGUGGAAGAGUCCAGUUGCUCACUGGAGGACCUUGAGGUUUUUCACUUUUACAUCCAAGUAACCUAUAGUCAACACCUUGAGGAUCAUAUGGAGUGUUUAGUUUUACUCAUGGCAAAGAAGCUUGGACAAAGUGGAGAUUCAAAAACAUGUACAGAACAGCCCAUACUUUAUCAUAUGUUAUUGUUGAGAAAUAGAUCCGGAAGUAAAGCAAAAAACACGCCUAUACUGGACUUUUAAAUGUUGCAUGUCUGCGUGUCAUUUUGCACACCAGUGAAACUUCAGAGGAGAAGUUGAGCAGCCGUGACCUCACAUCAUCCUACCGUCCGUGCUGCCUGCGUGACCAAUGGGAGAAUAGCGUGAGCUCUGCUCACCCCUUCCUCGCCCC